GGAGCUGUGCUGUGUUUACAUUCCUCUGUUAGCAUCACUAUUUGGCAGAGAGAACCUGCAACCAACGCUCUCCUGCUGAGCUCACACUAAGAACUAAUCAUGACUUUAAAUGAACACAGUUAAGGAUCUGUUAUGUUCUUAUGUAUUUAACACUGUAUCUUCCCCUUCAGGUGUCCGGUAAGAGGGCAGAGGGCAAAGAGGCAGAGGACUUCAAAGGGGGCGCGUACGAGGCAGCAGUGAAUCAAGAGAAGCAGGAUGACUGCAAGUCCCACAGCGAGCUGGUGGAGGGGGCUCUGUCGGAGGAGAGUGACAGCGGCAGCGAACAGGAGGAAGUUAGCGUGGCUGCGCUCAAUACGGAUAGAAGCGGGCGGCUGAAGUUGGAGACGGUGGAUGACCUGUUCAACAUCCUUCAGCUGAAGAAGAGGAGGAGGGAGAGGAGGGUGCCCAUCCACAAGAAACACGAGCCACAGCCUGAGAUUGUGCCAGAGUAUGUGGAUGAGCAGCUUUUUCUGUCAGCAGCCAUGGAGAACAAACUGCCUGUUGUGGAAAAGUACCUGAGUGAUGGAGGAAACCCAAACGCAGCUGACCACUUCCAGAGAACAGCUCUGCACAAAGCUUCGUUUAAAGGACAUGUGGACAUCAUGAAAAAACUUCUGGAGGCAGGAGCAGCUGUUGAGAAAAAAGACAAGCUGGACGCUACUGCACUUCACUGGGCCUGCAGAGGAGGUAGCCUGCCCGCCCUGCAGCUCCUCCUCGACCAGGGAGCCAAGUUCACCCUCAGAGACAAGCUGCAAAGCACUCCUCUCCAUGUGGCCGUGAGGACGGGACACUGUGAGUGUGCUGAGCAUCUCAUUCACUGUGGAGCAGAUGUCAACGCCAAAGAUAGAGACGGAGACACACCCAUGCACGAUGCUGUGAGAAUUAACAGGUUCAAGAUGAUCAAGCUGUUGAUGAUGUAUGGGGCAAGCCUCAACACCAAGAACUGUGAUGGAAAAACACCAAUGGAGACGCUGUAUUCGUGGCAAAAUGGUGCCAAGAGCCUGCUGUUCAACUUUAGCCAGGAGAAACCAGACCAGUGAAACCAACACAUUCCAGUAAAAAGCAGGAACUCAACACAAGAUUCAGCCAUUUGACCUGCUGGUUUAUUGAAAAAGCUGCUGAAAAGCAAAAUAACACCUUGUAUUUUACACUUUCUACUAGUAACAGGCACGCUUGUGCGUUCUGAACCACACACAACACAAGUUGAUUGACAGCACUCGAACCCUCAGGAAACACCUGCUCCAUAAAUGAAUCAAACUCGGCUCAGACAGCGCGUUGGUGCUGUAAGGUAUCUUAAUCUCAAGAUGAUUUACUAACCUUUUACUUGUUCAGGGAUUUGAACUGGCACCUCUCCAGGCUGUCACCUCAGGCCUUUUGGCAGGGUGUCAAGUUCUCAUGUGAAAUGUUAUUACACAGAUAAUGGCUCUUGUGGAGAGAGACGUGUAGGGAGCUCUCGAUCAACAAUGUGAACUCUGAUCAGGAUGGUAUUCAUAAUGUGACUUAGCACUGAUAGAUUUAUUGAUCGCCUAAUGUUGCUGGACAAUGUCUCGGCCGAGGGUAUGAGGAUGUGUAUUUCUUUUUCUUAACUUUUAAUUUAAGCUGAGUUGAAGUCAGCAAUACUACAUCUAGAAGAUGAUAUAUUUAUUGAUUCACAAAAACUGUUAGUAAUCAGUUUACUGGGUUUGAUGGAUUUAUUUUAAUACUAAAUACUUAAUAUUUGAGUGACUGUGCAGAAUUACACUACAGUUGAAUAAGAAGAUUUUUUUUACGAUUUAAAGCUAAUAUAUUUAUGACUUUUAUGCACUUAGGUAACUGGGAGAUACUGCUUUGGUUUUUCAUCACCUUCAUCACCUCUUUCCUGUUUCUUCACAGUCGCACUGAAUCAAAACUAAAACACAAUUGAUUGAUUUAUUUCAUUUUUCCUUCAAUCUCAGUGUGUAACGUUGUAAAACAGGGAGGAACUAAUUCUCCCUUUGCUUGUAGAUGGUGUGUGUUGCUGUACUUAAAAAAAUCAGGCAUGUAGAAGUUUUUGGGUCUUUUGCAUCGCAACUUUGAGAUGGGAAGAAGUAUGUUUUUGGAUCAGGUUGAGAAGAAUCUCUCCACUUCUUGUUUUAAACUUUUUAUAAAUUACCUGCAGAUUUACACUUUUUCUACUAUUUUCUAUCAUGUGUCUCUGGACAAGAUCUAGACAAGAUCCAGACUGCUGAAAAAGUAGUCACAUUAGACCUUGUCUGCUGCGGAGCUAUUGUAAAACUGACCUUUUUGACUUUUGAAUCAUUCAGCUCUAACAGAAUGUGUACAGAGAUAUUUCAGCUGCAGAAAAUGUACACACACCUAAGUACUGUUUGAUUUUCCUCAAACCUAAGGGUAAAAAAUAGUAAUACUUCAUAAGGCAUAAUUCAGACAAUGUUUCAACAAAGUAUGACUUCAGAUUUGCUAAAUUUGUAAUGCUCUAUUUGAGCUUCUGGGGACAUAUAAAAAUGACCAAAUGUCCCAUGACAAGAUAAAAAAAGAGUCAACUGUCCCCUAACUGUGCGAUGUUAUGACCCUAACAGAUGAGGACAUAUCAGGAAUGCUGUCUCUGUUAGAAUUACACCCAUGCACACAUACAGUACGUAGAUACUCAUGAAAGUGUGAGAGGGAACGAGCUGAAGAGUCUCUGUUGGUUCUGAGGAUGUUUGAAAAGUAUUGAUGCUGACGAAACAAGUCCUGAUUUAUAGAUGGUGAUAAAAAAUGUUUUUCUUAAUGUUUAAGAUGUAUCUUGGAAUAAUGGAUUGAUUCAAUAAAACUGAUUUUGACUUUGA